AUGUUCGAAGCCUGCUUCAAUAACAACUUCACAAAUGCACUUGUCUACUACCUUUGCAUCUUACUUUUGUUCCUCCUUUCACCAUUCCUUCUCAUUUGGGACCUCAUCGUCAACACCCUCCGAUCAUCUUUCCGAUGUACCGAGAACAUGUCCCAAAAGGUCGUUUUGAUCACCGGUGCUUCAUCUGGACUUGGAGAGCUCAUGGCGUAUGAAUACGCGAAAAGAGGUGCAUGUCUAGCGAUAAUAGCCACAAAGAAACCAGAGAGUCGACUCGAGGAAGUGGCAGAUAAAGCUCGUGCGCUCGGCUCUCCUGAUGUUCUUGUCAUGUUUGCAGACGUGUCAAAGGUCGACGAGUGUAGGAUGUUUGUGGAUGACACCAUUCGACAUUUUGGUCGUUUGGAUCAUCUGGUAGCGAAUGCAGGAAUCGCACCCCUUUAUUCGGUAAACAUUGAUGUCACCAAAUUUGCACCUGUUAUGGACAUAAACUUUUGGGGAUCGAUAUAUCCAACUCAUUUUGCGAUUCCACACCUCCAGAAAACCCAUGGGAAGAUAAUCGUCAAUGCCUCAUCGUGCGGUAUAUUGCAUAUACCACAAGGCGGCUUCUACGCUGCAAGUAAAGCAGCAUUGAUCGGCUUCUAUGAGUCCCUCAGAUUCGAAGUCUCUCCGACAGUAUCGAUAACAAUCUUGACACUAGGGUUCAUACAAACAAACCUCAUAACAGCCAAGUACUCAACCAAGGGGGUUGGUGUUCAUCUAAGAGAAGAUUUCAAAGAUGUAUUCCCGGUAAUGGGGGCGGAGAUAUGCGCCAAAAAAAUAGUGGAGGGAGUAUGCAAAGGAGCAACCUCCAUUACAGAACCAAGGUUCACGAAGGCCCUCUUCUUCAUCAAGUUCUUGUUCCCAGAACUACACCGUUUUAUCUUCAAGACUUAUCAGUGUUUGGAGAACAUGCGAUUAUUUAAAAAAGACUGA